AUGUCGAUCGCCUCAAGCAUCUACGGUAUCAGCAGUACCAUCUUCUCUAACCUCUUCAUCAAUCUUCCAUAUCCCGAAACAAAAGAUGACUUGUCAGACAAAAUCAUGAUCGUAACAGGCUCCAACACUGGUCUUGGCUUUGAAGCUAGUCAACAUCUUCUCCGCCUUGGAGUCGGUAAACUCAUCAUGGCAGUUCGCAGCCUUGACAAGGGCGAGAAAGCAAGACAUGAGCUGCUUCAAUUGACAAAACGGGCUCCAGAGUCCAUUGAAGUUUGGCACCUUGACAUGGCGAGAUACGAAUCUGUCAAGUCAUUCGCUGCUCGGGCCAUCGCGGAGUUGCCCACCAUUGAUGUCGUUCUCGCCAAUGCGGGUCUUGCAACUUCUGACGAGUUCUCAAUAGCUGAAGAUAAUGAGAGAACAAUCACAGUCAACGUCGUCUCAACUUUUCUGCUUUUCUUUCUUCUACUUCCCAAACUUCAAAAGUCUUUAUACCCUGGCAAAUUUGUCAUUCCCAACUCAGCAACACAUUACUGGGCUCCCAUCAAAGAGCUGAUCCCAGAUGAGAGGGCUAGCAAGAUCUUCUCACGACUCAACAGUCCCGAAAAAUCAAUCAUGGAGUCUCGAUACUACGUCAGCAAGCUCAUCGUUCUUUACAUCACCCAUGAGAUCGCAGCUCGUCUAAGCGCAUCCGAAAAGUCAAGCGUCAUCAUCAACGCGCCGAACCCAAGCUACUGCAAGUCAGGUCUUCUUCGCGAGAAGCAAGAGACUACGCCGCCGGACUUUAUGGCUCGUUCGACAGAGAUGGGAAGUCGUGCGCUUGUCGCUGGAGUCCUUGCUGGUCCCGAAAGCAACGGGCAAUACAUGACCAAUUGUCAAGUCCACGAGCCUGCAUGUCAUGUCACGAACAAAAUUGGUGCAAAGAUCCAGACUGCGCUUUUUGCUGAGCUGCUAGAGAAGCUGGAGAUCAUCGCCCCAGGAGUUUCCAAUAACAUUUAGACUAGUGCGAGUCGUCAUGGUGUUGUUUUUAGG